AUGGCUUCCAAAAAGGUGCUCUGCUGGGGAAUUGUUGUUCCUCCCACGCCGUUGGCGGAUGCCCCUGCGUCACGGCACCCUCAUGGUCAUGUUGUUCACGGGAAAGCGAUGCCUCGCACCGCCUCUGCCAUCCACCUUGAUCUACCGCAGCGGACCAUGAGUGGGUCGGCAGAGGCAAGCAAGCUGAAAGCAAUUGGCUGCGGCGGAAGCAGACAUCUCCCAAGCACCAUCAAGCUCGCCAUGCUGACUCGUGCUUGCUUGCAGCCGUCCCCUUGGUGCGAAUCGGCCUGCGGCCUGUCGUCAAAUCAUCGCCGCACCCUGCGGGCGUCAUGUCGGCCAAGGCAACUCCGGAAUUUCGUUGCCUUCGGUUGCUCCUCGUCGUCGUCGAGGGACCAUACUUACUUGCAUGAACGCACCCGUCCGUCCACGCGGAGCUUCGACGGAUACCCAUAUGACAGGUACAUCCUGCUCCGUGUACUUACUUAUAUCGUGCGGGAUCCGGCCGUGAUUCCCCUGCGCGGUACACCUCGUCUCUCCUCCCUCACCAACCGUUCCUCUCCUUCAUCCCCUUCCGCCGCCCGUCUUCACCAGCAGAGGAAAAGGAGGAGCGUUGGCGGAGAGAUCAUGGCGCGCACCUCACUCCUUCUGUCUCUCGCCGUCGCGCCCCUGGCCGUGCUGGCCCAUCGUGCCUGUGACGAUGCCGUGCCCCGCGCGUACAUGUUGGAGCUCAAGAGGGACUGCCCCCCUCAUGUUCUCGACGAAGCCAUCGGCGAGAUUGGCACGAUCCGCUUGAAUCUCGUCUCGGACAUCUACACUGGCGUCUCCUUCCAGGUGGACGACGUACCCGACGCCGACGAGCGGGCCGAUGGGCUCGCCAAGCACCCUUGCGUUCAAGCCAUGUCCCCCGUCUGCCGCUUCAAGGUGGUCAAGUCCACGAGGAGACGGCCUCGGACCGACCCUACCUCGGACCGGGCCAACUGGAAGAGGCACGCCUCGGCAAACGUGACGGAGGAUACCUUUGAGCCUCAUGUCAUGACCCAGGUGGACAGGCUGCGGGCCUUGGGAUACACGGGAACGGGCGUUAGGAUCGCCGUCAUCGACUCGGGUAUCGACUUUACGCACCCGGAUCUUGGUGGCUGCUACGGCGGAACCUGUCUCGUCUCCUUCGGUGCCGAUCUCGCAGGCGAUUACGGCAACGGGACCAACCCGGAUGCCCCUAGUUUGCCCAUGGACGGAACUGGCCACGGCACUCAUGUCGCCGGCAUCGUCGCCGGCCAGCCGAACGAGCUUGGCUUUUCCGGCGUUGCUCCGGGCGCGAAGCUCGGCGCGUACCGCACCGAGGGCCUCGAUGGCCAAGCCGAGGAUGACUUCUUGACCGCCGCAUACCUGAGGGCCUACAACGACAAGGUCGAUGUUAUAGUCACCUCCAUAUCCAUCAUUGGCGGUUGGCCCCAUCACAUUUUCGCCACUACGAUACAGAGCAUCGUCGAAAAGGGGGUUCCGUGCGUCGUCUCGGCAGGUAACGAUGGUGACAUUGGCUAUUUCAACAGCCAUUCGCCCGCCACGGCAAAGGGGGCCAUGUCGGUUGCCACCUUCAUCAGCAUCGCCAAUACCACCCUCGAGCACAAGGCCAAGUACGUCGUCGAUGACGGUGGAGCUGUCGUCGGCUUCAACUACAAGCCUGCCGAACCUAGCGCCUGGGGUAAAACCCGGCUCGGGCUUUACACGGCGAGCACGAACACUACCGACCAUCCUCAUGAUGCUUGCGGUGCGCUGCCGGAGAGCACUCCCGACCUGGCCAAUAAGAUUGUCCUGAUCCAUCCCGGCAAUUGCUCCUACACAACUCAAGCCAAGAAUCUGGCCGCUUUGGGGGCCAAGUAUCUCAUCUUUUACGAUGCUAACUUGGAGAGAAUUAGCCUGUAUGGCAUUGACGGGAUCCGAGCCGGUGCCCAGGUAUCUCCUGAUGUAGCUCAAGCCUGGAUCGACGCCAUCAAGGACGGCAAGGCGGUUACCCUAGACAUGGAGACGGACCUGCGCCUGACUACGAUCCGGAAUAGUACCAUCGACGGUGCCCUCAACUAUUGGACUAAUCUAGGCCCUACCUUCGAGAUGGGUAUUACGCCGUCGUUCGGCGCCCCCGGCGGAAGCAUCAUUUCCACCUAUCCCAAAUCCUACAGCGAAGGCUACAAAGUAUUCUCCGGCACAUCCAUGUCCACCCCGCACGUGGGUGGCAUCGUUGCCCUCAUCGGUCAGAUUCGCGGUACCUUUGACCCUGCGCUGAUCAACGGCCUAUUAACUUCCACCGCGAAACCCCAGCUCUUUCACGAUGGAAACAAGUUCUACGGCUUUUAUGCCCCGGUUGCUCAACAGGGUGCCGGUCUCGUUCAAGCGUACGAUGCGGCUUUUGCCACCACGCUUCUGGAGCCUGCUUCCUUGGCCUUUAACGAUACGGAUCACUAUAUCAAGUCCCGGAAGGUGACGGUGAGAAAUACGGGUGACAAGGAAGUUACCUACAACAUCUCUCACGUGCCCGCCAUGACCGUCUAUGUCCUCGAUAAAGGAGCCAUUCAGCCUGCUCCGUUCCCUUCCACACGAGUCAAGAGGGAGGCGACAUUUCGCUUUAGCCGGGACACCAUCACGUUGGGCCCUGGGCAGGAGGCUUCGUUCGAUGUUGAGCCGACGCCUCCCUCCGGCGUGAACGCGAAGCGCCUGGCCCUGUGGUCGGGCUGGAUCAAAAUCAACGGGACCGAUGGCUCGGCGCUGUCUGUACCGUACCAAGGCCUCGUGGGCUCGCUGCAUAACGCAACCGUUAUGUUGCCCAACAAGACCUGGAUGGCGCGUGCCAAAGACUAUACCUUUGCUGUUGCCGAUUCCUUUACGCUGCCGAAGCAGGGCGAGAAGCUGCAGGACGAGGCCGGGCUGCCUUCGCUUGUUACCAACCUUACCUUCGGGACGCCCAAUCUGACGGCGCACGUUGUACCCAUAACAGACGACCAGAAUAACGGAACGACGGAGAAUUGGAGGUCCACCAAUAUCGGCCAGAUGCACAGCUUCCCGCUAGAGUACCUCUCCCGAUAUCUGAGAGCGGUCACUUGGUACGGUAAACUCGACUCGGGCGAUUACGCACCGAAUGGCACGUACAAGAUCAUCGUCCGCGCAUUGAGGAUCUUCGGCGAUGUCACGAAUGAAGCCCACUGGGAAACCAGCGAGACGCCGCCGUUUAAAAUCACGUACGAGGGAUGA